GAAUACCCGUCCAUCAAGGUCAGAACAGUGGUAGUUUACUUAAUUAGACAAAGAACGCGCAGUAAGGCACUGGACUUGUAAGAAACAAUACCACGAAAAAUAACACCAGAGUAACGAAUUGAAAGGAAUUAGCUUGACGCUGUAUGAACACGACGAUGAUUUUGAUAAGUGCUGUACAUCUAUAUGUGUUUUGCCUAUUCAUUUCACGUAUAUUGGGUACACCACUAAAUCAAAAUAAAACACAGUCAUUGGACAUUCAAGUCAAGAGUACUCCAUCAAUAAUUAAGUCAAUAAAUGAUAAAAUUUCAUCCAUACAACCGGCAGAUCUGUUUUAUCGAACAUUCUCCAACUUCACUGUACAACAAACCAAUAGCUCAGCAUGUAGAAUUCAAACAGGUUUAUAUAUUACUCACUUGAAAAAUAAUUCUUAUUGGGCGUCUAAAAUGUCAGAUUCAUGGUACAAAUAUCCAAGUGGUGUUCUUUCUGGUAGUAUUUACCAAAUGGGCGUUUAUGACGAAUGUGUUGAUGUUCAAUAUCCAGUUCAAGGCCAAUAUUGUAUCACAGAUAUUCAAUUAAAUUCCACAUUAACGAAUAAAAAUUAUAAGUUUAUUGAACCUGAAAAAAUCAAUACUUGGGAUAAUUCUUGGCAUAAAAUAUUAGGGUGGGUUGAUUACCAAGAUCAAAUUCCUAGGAACCUUAUGAAAUUUGGUAUUUGUAUUCCAGCAUCUUGCUCAGCCAUUGAUUUACAAAAAUCAUUACAAUUGAAAUUAGAUGAAAAUUUUCUUCCUGAACAUAUCAAAGCUAUCGCUUCAGUUAACCCGAUUUUAUGCUCUACAAAAAAAGAUUUGUAUCCCGUCAAUAAUGGUUAUUACAUCACCUGGACUGCUUUUAGUCUUAUAUUUUUUGUUUGCUGUUGUGCUACAUUUUAUCAUCUGAAAAAGUUGUUCAAACGUCAAGAAAAUAAAAAUAAAAAUAUUGAUGACGGGAUUUACCUUUCAUUCUCUAUUAUAAAAAAUUGCAAGGACCUAUUGACAUACGAUAAAGAUAAUGAAUUGAAUUUACUAAACGGCUUUAAAGUUUUAGUAAUGAUAUUUGUAUUAUUUGGACAUCGGUUUUUAAAUACUGCAGCGACUCCUUUUUCUUAUCCGGAAAAAUUGGAACUAUUAUAUAAUAUUCCUCUUUUGACAACUAGUAUGAAUUUAGUAGAUCCGUUUUUUUUUAUGAGUGGAUUUUUAACAUAUAUAGUACUUAUACCAGUAUUUAAAACUGAAAGACCAUUGUGGAUGAAAUUAUUUAUGCCAUUAGUUUACCGAAUUUUAAGAAUGAUGCCAUCAUAUAUUGCCGUUAUGGCAUUUACCGCUUUUAUAUUACCACAUUUCGGAAAUGGACCUCUCUGGCAACAAAAAACUUGGCAUGAAGCAGAUAAUUGUAAAGAAAACUGGUGGUCAAACUUAUUAUACAUCAGCAACUUUAUAGACUUCAAAUAUCAGUGUCUUAUAGCAAGUUGGUACAUCUCAUGUGAUUUACAAUUUUACAUAGGUGGUAUACUAAUAGCUUAUUUAUAUACGAGAAAUCAUAAGUUAGGUUUUGGAACACUUGGAGUGAUUUUAACUUUGUCUUUGAUAAUGCCUAUUUAUGUAACAUACACACAAAAAUUAGAUGGUUUACUUAAAGUAGAUGUGCCAUUUUUACUCAACCCAAGAAAUUCAGUUACCUUUGAUAAAGCCUACAGACCUAGUUAUUUGAGAGCUACACCAUAUUUGAUAGGUUUGGCCAUGGCCUUUAUCAUAGAAAAAAUAAAAGAAUCAAAAUUUAAAAUGUCCUAUAAUGUAGUUUAUGUUGGCACAUUUAUAGUCUCAGUUGUUUCAUUGUUGGUUCAAUUUUAUGGCGCAAAAUUUUACCAAAGAAACAGAUCAUAUGACCCAUUGGAAAAUGCUUUUUAUGCUAGUAUUAGUCAUUGCACUUGGGCUUUAAUAGGAUGUUGGAUGGUCUUUUGCCAUUUUACUACGGGUUAUGGUCCGUUGACAAAAUUAUUGAGCAACCGUUUUGUUGUUGUAAUGGGAAGGCUUUCGUAUUGUGUAUAUUUGGUUAAUUUAACUGUCAUGAUCAUAUCAACUGGUUCAGAGAGAACACCUGUUCACGCCUCAUUUACAACUUUGAUAAAUAGUUGGAUGUAUGACGCAUUAAAAAGUUAUUUAGUUGCUGCAUUAUUACACUUGAUUAUUGAUGCACCAAUUUCAGAUUUAAUAAGAAUAGCAUUUGGAAGAAAAAAAAAACAAUCUUCAGAGCAAAGAUAGAUAAAGUACAAAUUCAAAAUGAAUCUUAAAGGAACUCUCAGCACUGAAUCAAAUACAGUUAACCCAAUUUGACUGUAAAAAUGAUUUAUUACUAGAAUCGAAAAUUAGAUUAAUUUUCACACUAGUUGAAUAGUGUUAAAUAAUAUGGUUAGCUUAUUAUGUUAAGUUAACUUAUUUACCUACAUGUAAUAUAAAAUAAAAAUUAAAAACCUUUA